AUUCUUUUCCUUUUUGAUUUUCCAUUUUUUUUCCUUCUUGAGCAAAACCAAGACCCAAUAGAUCAGAGAGAGAGAGAGAGAGAGAAGAGAUUUUUAAGUAAGGUAGAGAUACCUCCAUUGGUUAUUCAAUGGAGUCGUCUUAGUAGUCCAUCUCUGCUUCGGUUUAGAGUUGGGAAUCCGGUGGAUGAUCGAUUUCGAGACUGGAAGUUGGAUUUGUUGGAGAAAACUCUUGGUAGAAGAGUCCUAUCAUCAAUAUGGCCGGAUCAGAUGAGAACAAUCCAGGUUUGGCUAGGCCCGCACAUUUCCAAGGUGGACUACGGAUGGGGGGUGGGAAAUUUGUUCCAGAGAUUGGACACAACCGAAGAGCUUUAAGCAACAUUAAUAUGAAUUUAGUGGGAGCUGCUCCUUACCCGUGUAGAGCCAACAAAAAAGGCCUCUUAGAAAAACAGACCACCUGUGAUAAGAUCCCCCCUAUUCCACUUCAUAGGCCAAUUACAAGGAAAUUUGCAGCAGACAUGGCAACAAAGCAGAAGCAGCAGCAGCAGCCUUGUCUUGAGGAAGCUAGGCCAAUCCCAUCUCUUACAAGUGCAACAUCUGAAGAUUGUACUGUCCUCAUUGAUGUGGAUGAUUACAAGGGGACUCAUGAUUUUCCUGUUCCCAUAUUUGUGAAGCACACAGAAGCCAUAUUGGAUGACAUUGAUCAGAUGGAGGAGGUAGAAAUGGAGGAUAUAACACUGGACCCUGUUACAGAUAUUGACAGCUGUGAUUCGAAGAACCCACUUGCCGUUGUUGAUUACAUUGAAGACAUUUAUGCCCACUACAGAAAAUCUGAGAGUUCCAGCUGUGUCUCUCUGACUUAUAUGGAGCAACAGUUUGACAUCAACCAGAAGAUGAGGGCUAUCCUCAUUGAUUGGCUAAUAGAGGUACAUUACAAGUUCGAGCUCAUGGAUGAGACGUUAUUCCUCACAGUCAAUCUUAUAGACAGAUUCUUAGCACAGCAAACAAUCGUGAGGAAGAAGCUGCAGUUGGUUGGAGUCACAGCCAUGCUCUUAGCAUGCAAGUAUGAAGAGGUUUCUGUUCCUGUUGUGGAGGAUCUAAUCUUAAUAUCUGACAAGGCCUACACAAGAAAAGAAAUUCUUGAAAUGGUACUCUUUUUUCCCCCUUUCGAUCAUGAUCAACUGGAUGAUUUUUAUUUUCUGAACCAAUGCUUCUUUCCAUGGUCGCAGGAGAGAUUGAUGCUGAACACAUUACAGUUUAAUAUGUCUGUUCCAACCCCAUAUGUGUUCAUGAAGAGAUUCCUGAAAGUGGCUCAAUCUGACAAGAAGCUCGAGCUUCUCUCCUUCUUCAUGAUUGAGCUUUGCCUGGUGGAGUAUGAAAUGCUCAGGUUCCCUCCAUCUUUGUUAGCUGCUGCUGCAAUCUACACUUCUCAAUGUACUCUUAACAGGACUAGGCAAUGGACCAAGACCAGCGAGUGGCAUGCAAACUAUACAGAAUUUCAGCUCCUGGAGUGUUCAAAGUCGAUGGUUGCUCUCCAUCAGAAAGCUGGAACGGGGAAGCUUACCGGGGUGUACAGGAAGUACAGUACAUUGAAGUUUGGUUAUUCAGCAAAAUCUGAACCAGCUAUUUUUCUUUUAGGCAUCAAACUCUAACCGGGUUGGAGAAUUAUAAGCCUCUGGUGAAUUAGAUGCUCUUUGGUUGGGUAAAGAAUUUCAAGGGAUCACUAACUAUGUGAACUUGAGGGAUUGGUGUUGGUGUCAUAGUGCAAUGGAAGUUGCGAUUAUGGGUUCUUUUGUUGCUGAUUCUAUAUCAUUGCUUAUUUCGUUAUAAGUAAUUCUCUUUUUGUAUC